AUGGAAUUAAAGAACGCCGAAGAAGUAAAGUUCGAUCAGGAUCUCUGGCUUAUUCAAAUAAAGGAAGGUCUGCAAAUACAUGGCAAGCAAAAAGAAGAAAAGGAGAUUUGCAUAUCCGUUUUUGGUGUGCCCAAGGAGUUGUCGGCAAUGACGCCAGAAGCGUAUAUUCCGCAGUGCGUCUCCAUUGGACCAUAUCACCAUUCUAGAUCACAGCUGUACGAAAUGGAGAGAUAUAAAGUAUCUGCUGUGCGAAGGUUUGAGAAGACGCUAACCGGUGGCUGCAAGUUCGAAUCAGUAGUGGAAGAAGUGAAGAAGUACGACUGGCAGAUCAGGAACUGCUACCACAAAUAUCUCGACUACAAGAAGGAAACCCUGGCAUGGCUUAUGGCUCUUGACGCCUCCUUUGUGCUUGACUGCUUGCAGUUCCAAGUCGAACGUGCAGACCAGCCUUCUUCACAAGUGUCUUCCCACGGUAAGCCACUGGACAGAGUUUUGGAUCCAACUGGGAGGAGCGCAAUCCACAAUGCGAUUAUGAGAGAUCUGAUGAUGCUAGAGAAUCAGUUACCUUUGUUUCUCUUGCAGAAGCUGCUCGAAAUGGAGUUGGGUUCUCAAGAUAAGGCGGAAGAAAGGCUCUGCAAAUUGGUGACUCGCGCCUGUAAGGAAUGGUCGCCAUUUAUGUUGAAGUGCGGGAUAGUUCAAGGCUGCGCCCUCUCUUCGUUAGAAAUCAGCCUUGAUCAACUUGUCUCGGCACUCCCUGAGGGUGUCUUGAAAGGAAAGACUGUCCAGUUGGUGACACAGAUGUCCACGCAUCUUGUUUCCGCUUUUGAAACUCUUUCAAUUAAGCGCAAAGAUGAAAUUGAUGAGGAAAAAGAUGAGGAGAGAGGAUAUUCCUCUGCGGAAACUCCUCCUACGCGUGAUGAAUUAGCGAUUCCCUCCGUCUCCAAUUUAUACUCAGCAGGGGUAAAAUUCCUUCCAACCGAGGGAGACCUUACCACAAUUCGCUUUGACCCGAGGACUGCAACUUUAUCUUCCCAAAUUGAGGUUAGAUUCGAGCACGGAAGUAGUUCUCAGGAAUUUGGUGGCGUUCGAAGCUUCGGCGGCUCCUGGUGA